AUGGGUAUUGGUGGCCCUAUUAUCCGUUUCUUCAACCUCGCCAUUCGGGCUCUCCAGUUUAUUGAUGCCGCUGUCAUCCUAGGAAUCUUUUCCUAUUUCCUCGCCAUCCUAUCUAAGCAUGACCAGUCUAUUCCUCAAUGGAUUAGAGCAGUGGAGGGUCUCUCCGGAGCAGCAGCCCUCUAUGCGCUCCUGGCGACCCUCUUCACCUGCGUCUUGGGAGGCGUCAGCUUCUUCGCCUUCCUGGGUAUCGUUCUCGAUGUGUGCUUCAUCGGAGCGAUGAUUGCCAUCGCCAUUAUGACCCGCGACGGAACCCAAAGUUGCUCUGGUACCGUCAACACCCCUCUGGGAACUGGGGCUAGUGAUGCCGACUCUGCAUCCAAAGUAAGCUUUGGAUUCGCCUGUAGACUUGAAAAGGUUGCAUUUGCUGUCUCCAUCAUCGGAAUUUUCUUCUUUCUCAUCUCCAUAUUCCUCCAAUAUCUUCUCGCCCGUCACCACAAGCGCGAGAAGCGUUUCGGACCCUCCCCAGCAAACGGAUACACAUACGGAACCCAACGCCGGGGCUUCUGGCGCCGCAACAAGAACAGCCCGGACAACGCCAGCGGAGAUGACAUUCUCCCAACCCAUCCCACCCCAAACGAGCUUGAAAAGAACGGGUUCUUUAGCCGUGGCUAUUUCUCGCGCAAGAAUGACCCGUCCACUCAGGCUACAACCCGCUACGGCAACUCUGCGUACACGGGCAACUACUAA